AGCCACGCUGCUUAACGGUUGUUUUCUUGGUACACAGAGUAAAGUAACACAAUAAUUUUUCAAACAUGAUGUUCGGUAUGGCCUGCGAUCCUUUGAAGCAUACAAGCAUGUAUGAGCGCAUGAACGAGGACAGCGAGGACAGCGAUGGCGAAGGUGGUCUUGGUAAUGUCUCACGCGUGAUCAUACGCCCACCCGGACAGAGCGGCAAGGCCAAACGCGGGCACCUUUGUUUUGAUGCUGCUUUCGAGACGGGGAAUCUCGGCAAAGCUGAGCUGAUUGGCGAUUUCGAGUACGACUUGUUUUUACGGCCGGACACUUGUAAUCCUCGCUUUCGUUUCUGGUUCAAUUUCACUGUGGACAAUGUGAGACAAGAUCAGCGCGUUCUUUUCAAUAUCGUCAACAUAAGUAACCCGCGCAAUUUGUUCAAUUCUUCGCUGGUACCGCUGGUGAAGUCUUCCAGCCGGCCCAAAUGGCAACGCUUGCCAAAGAAGAAUGUUUUCUACUAUCGCUCGUUGUUGCAUCAGAAUCAUUAUGCGCUGAGUUUUGCAUUCUCUUUCGACAAGGAAGAUGACGUGUAUCAAUUUGCAGUUGCACCGCCUUACAGUUACUCGCGGCUUCAAUCGUAUUUGAAUGUGAUCGACGCACGACAGACGGAGCAACGAUUCGUACGCAGCGUGCUGACGAAGAGCCUGCAAAAGCGAAAUCUGGACCUGCUCACGAUUGAUCACGUCACCGCCAAAACAAAGGCGUCGCGCUUGGAUCGCGGAUUCAUACGCAUCAUAGUCAUUUUAUGUCGUGUACAUCCCGGAGAUGCGCCGGCCUCUUUUAUGUGCCAAGGAUUUAUUGAGUUUAUUACGAGCAAUCACCCGAUUGCCGUUGUGCUACGCGAUAAUUUUGUCUUUAAGAUAGUGCCGAUGGUAAAUCCGGACGGUGUCUUUUUGGGCAAUAACCGCUGCAAUUUGAUUGGACAGGAUUUGAAUCGCACAUGGCAUGUGGCCACUGAGUUUUCUCAUCCCACGCUGUAUGCCGUAAGGAAUAUGCUCAAGGAACUCGACAACUCUGACAUUUAUCAGAUUGACUUCGUGAUUGACCUGCAUGCGAAUCCCAGUCUGCAUGGCUGCUUUAUUUACGGCAACACAUACGAGGAUGUUUACCGCCAUGAGCGCCAUUUGGUGUUUCCACGUUUGUUCGCCGCCAACGCGCCGGACUACGUGGCCGAGAAUACAAUGUACAAUGCGGACGAGAAGAAAGUUGGUUGUGCGCGCCGUUAUUUCUGCGAACGGCUCAGUGAUACAGUGAACGCCUACACCGUCGAGGUGUCCAUGAGUGGUCACUACUUAAAAGAUGGAAAAACUGUUGCGCUCUACAACGAAGAUGGCUAUUACCGUUGUGGCCGCAAUUUGGCGCGAACCUUUCUUCACUACUACCGUUUCAUCAAUGUGUUGCCAACGCCCGUGGUAUCCGAGGCGCGUUUACGUCGACGCAAUCGCCCGCGCACGCAUCACUCACGUUCACGCUCGCGCACACGAUACGAAGUGAAACCACGACCGAAGACAACGCGCUGUUAUGCACCGAUUGCGUACACGAAUCUCUCAAUUCAUUACGACUCUGGUGGGGGCUCGUCCGACGAGGGCGGCUUCUCACCCACACGCCCCAUAGCGCCGGGUAGCAGUCUUUUCAGUGGCUACCGUAAUUACCGACGCAUGCACGGCAGUUCGGCGGUGACGCACGAUCAAUACGCACUGCUGGCGCUCAAGUCGACGAAACACGAUCACCUGGGCGACUUUGGCGGUGCUGGCAGAGCACAUGCGUAUCAGCCCGCGCGUGCGGCAACGGCUGAAAAGUCAGGCAAAUCGGUGACUUUCGAGCAGCCGCUGAAUGUGCCACCGAAGCCAUAUUUAUCCAUCAUUGAUCUCAAUCAGCUGACGCGCGGUAGUUUGGAUCGCAAGUCGGGCAGCUUUGAUGUCGACCAUCGUUGACGAAAACCGCAGGGAGGCGGCCGGUGUGCAUGUAGAUAGAAUAACAAAUUUUUCUCUCGAAAAAUUCUAGUUAAAUUUCAAUAUACGAUUUUUUAAUUAAUCCA